AUGUUGCUUCAAUCGCCUUUAUUGUUACACUUAACGAGCUCCUUCCUCAUCUCCACGUUGCGGGUUCACGUCGAGCCUGAAGACCCAUCAUCGUUGGUCGAAGAAGAUGUACAGACUCCCUUUAUCCUGGUAUCGCCCAAUCGAAACAUAUCCAUUAGUUUGCGAGGCAAUGCCAUGGUGGUCGAUAAUCUCCCCUUUACCGGUUCAACAGGUUUGUGGACGGUGAAGGGCGGGUUCGUGUUGUCUGCCAAUUGUCAGCAUGGCUUUAGUUUUAAAUUGAGUAUUGAUGAUGCUGAACGAAUACUAGCUUCACCUUCGUUUUGUACGAAUCAUGGCCUAAACAGUGAGUUUUCACACGAUAAGUAGCUAAUUGGGCCACACAUGGGGAAUAUAAAUUGACCAAUGGGCUGUUUUAUUAACCUAGCGUUUCUCAGAGAUCUUAAUUGGACCAGAUGACCGGAGUGACGAACUUUUUUAUGGCUGUAUUCACAACAUCACACUGGGUCCGAACAAAGUUCUGGACAAGUGGUGUAGGUAGGCGUUGACAAUUUUGUAAUGACCAUGAAUCUUAUGCAUUUAAUAAUAUAUACUGUAAUAUGAGAUCAAUCAGAACAAGAUGUAAAACUACCCAAAUUACAAUACCUUACUUGACAGGUUAAAAAAUGCGAAAAAGGAUGACAAAACGAAUGUUGGCAAAGUAAAACCGUUUUCGAAUAACAUUCAACCAGCUUAUAUUGGUGAACCAGUGAGAUGCCUGGAAGGAUCUGAAGCUAAGAUACUGUGGAAGAACAUCUACAUCUUCCCAGACCAUCGACGUUUCGACUUGAAGUACUCUGAAAUUGUCUUCGAAGUGCUACACAAACCGGCCUUUGGUGAUUUGAAGAUGGGAAACGUAUCUGUAGGCAACUUUACCUACGAAGACAUUAUCAACCAGACCCUGAAGUACGUGAACGAUGGCUCAGAGAACACAGAUGACUCGUUCGAAGUCAAUGUCUGGGUUCAGACGGCGGAGGCGAGUUCAGAAAAGAAAGUAUUGGCUGUGGUUGUCAAUAUAAUCCCAGACGACGAUCCUACGGAAAUAGAAGUCACAAAAGAAGCCGACAACAUCAUCGUGACGCCAUCUUCGAAGACCGUGCUCACCGAGAAGUAUCUCAAGAUCUGGGAUCUGGAUUCAGCCACGGACAAGGUGUGGAUUGAUGUGGUUGAGGAAAGGAAUGCCCAUUUGAGUGACAACGAUGGCAACUCCAUCAAACAGUUCACAUUGGCCGAGUUUCUACGUGGAUCGGUAAGAUUCCGGUUUUUUGCUUGAUUUUAGGUGUUUUAGGUGUUGUCUUUUCUUAAACCAUAUUGUAGCCUUUUAAUUGCCCAUCUACUUUAGGUUUACAUAAACGCCGAAGACGAGCGAGGCCUUCUGAAGCUGGCUACACGUGAUCCUGUUGCCAAAACCGUUGUCCUAAAGACACGAUCUUCUGUUUUACAAUUUCGGCUAACUACUAACACUGGUCUGCGUUUAUCGUUCCGUUCGGCUAGACUAAUAUCAUCUGAGAAUCUGACUGCCGAAGCCAAUUUCCCUGUCGUCGUCGGGUAUACUGUAGUCGACAACCCUGAGUUUGGAGUAGUAGAAUGUCUGAAGCCGCUGCCUACUGGAGGGUUGGAAGAGUUUCAGUUGUGUUCACAGUUCACUCAAAAUGACAUCGACAAGAUGAAGGUCAGGUUCAGACAUUCUUCCGACAAUCGACCGGCUCGAGACAGCUUUGCCUUUAGGGUAAGUACCUUGAUAUAUGUUUUGAUAAGUUAUACUUUGCUUGAAGCCUAUUUAAGCCUAAAGUAAUUUUAAAUAUUUCCUUGAUAAUAUAUAAAUGUUUUUAAAGUUACAAUAUUCCAGGUGUCCUACGGUAACCAACAAAGCGAGCUGUACGAGUUCGCUAUUGACAUGUUCCCGAUCAGUGUCAAAGUGUACUACCAAGAGCCAAUAGUCCUAAACAACACGGAAGAGGUGGUCUUGUCCCGUAGCAACUUAAUGGCCGUCUCCUUCCCCGAGCUAAUCCAGCCAGAUGCCUUUGUGUAUCAUAUCGUAGAGCCCCCCAAGUACGGUAUGUUGUCGCGACAAGUUGCCAGUAUGAAGAUGCGACGAAUCGGGCUUGCUUCCAACUUUACACAGUACCAUCUGGACCAACAGACCAUCACCUACAAGUUGAACUACGUCCAGUACAACAUCCUCAACGACUUCUUCAUGUUCCGCAUUCUGACGCCCACGACGACUACAGAGUUACUACGAUGUGACAUUACUUUCCUGCCUGGAGAGAACUCGUUGACAUUGAUUAACAGGACUUUGGUGGUUAAUGAGGGCAGGAAACAGAAGGUAAUGAUGGGUCAGGGCAGGUGUUAAGGGGGUGGGUGGGGAGGAAAAAUACACCAUUCUCUUUUAACUAAUCUACAAGCAAAAACGUCAUUUUAAUGAGGUUUAACGAAGUUAACAAUCAUUUGUAAGGUAGUCCACCGACAAUAUUAUCCUUGUAAUGGUUUUACUUUCAGAUCACAAAUGGCACUUUAUGGCUAGAGACUCCAGACGAAAAGAACUUUAAGUUUACCGUAACCAUCGUACCGUUCCACGGAAAUCUUGUAGUACUUAAUCGGUUUGGGAUUCGCGAGAUUCUGGACAGAAAUGAUGCCUUUACUUCCCUAGAUAUAAUCAAUAAGAAGUAAGGCUAAUUUUUUUAUUGUUUUACCUUUUAGCACUUGGACUACAUCCUACAGUAGAUUAUUUUACAGUUUUACUAUAACAAAAUAGUCAUAGCAUGCUUCAAAAAUUAGAAAAAAACUGAUAAAGUUAAGAAAAUGACUUCAGGUUAAGCUACGAACACUCUGGCUUCAAAUCCCUGACAGAUCGAGUCUUCAUCCAAGCCGAAAGCCUUCAGACGCCGAGUACCAGAUUCUCGUUUUGGCUGAGUAUCAGAAUAAUACCUCUAAACAGUCAGAAGCCUCGACUGAACGGUCCCUACAGUAACAACACCCUCACGAUCCAUGUACUCGAAGGUGGAGAGAGGAUUCUGUAUCCGGCCUUGCUACCGUGGGUGGAUCCAGAUUCCUCCAGAACGACGCUACACUUCUUCUUUCCGAGUCUAUUCAGAGAAUUCACAAUUUCGAAACGGAAUUUCCCCGAGAUUCCGGUCAGAAACUUCACGAAUCAUGAGCUGGCUACACAGUCACUGAUUCUGCGUCACGUCUCUCUCAAGUUGGAGACUCAACCAGACUACAUCGUGGCCGAUGACAAGUUCGAAGUCGAGAGUAAAGUAAGAUUUGUGGCUGAGAAGAAGCCAUUCUUGAGGAUACUGUACGCGAAAGUGCCUACCGUACCUCCAAUAAGUCAGAGGUCGGUGAUACUAUUAAGUACUACGAACUUAUGGACCGAUUCUAACCUCAACAUUGACCCGUUAUCACUACAGUAUCUCUACGUAGACCAAGGGCAGAAUCCAUUUAAGAUUCUGAAAGACGGCACGUUGAGUACAACGUUCCAAUUCUCACAGCACGAUGUGUGGGAGAAUCGUAUCUUCUUCGUGCCACGCUUGGAGCCUGGUAUAGUGAAGAUGAAGGUGGAAGGAGGUCCUCUGUCUCUUGACUUCAGUUUGAUCGUCGAACCGACCUCAGGUCAACGACCGUUCCAGGUCCACCUGAUGGAUAAGAUUACAUUACCCUUAGGCGCUGUGUUCGCUCUAGAUACCAACAUACUUGACUUUGAGCCAGCUGGACUGAAGUCGUUCAUCGUGGCAGACAGAAGUCCGGCUUCUGGUCGAUUAGUGUCCAAGAUUCAGUCGGCUGACAAGGCUGAGACCAUUUCUGUAGAUAUCGACCACUUCUACAGGAAAGGCCUACAGAACGAACUCAUAAACUAUGUCAACAAUGGCGUCUUGAACAGGGCCGAGACCGACUCCGUGUCUUUCAAUAUUACAGUAGACAACACGCUUACUGUAGGACCGUUUGGAGUGGAGUUUAGUAUCGUCGAUAGCUCUAGGGUGGGUUUCCAAAUAACUAAUACAGUGAAUAUAUAAACAAUUUAAAUUAUUUUUCAGUAAGUUAACUACCGUAUAAGCUUUCAAUCAUUACCUAAAUAUGCCUUUGACGUCUGUUAUAAUAAACUAUGUCAUUUUAGCCAGCCCUAAUAGUCCUAAAGAACGUUUCACUGCCGUGGGGAGAGAGUGUGACUAUCAACAACAGCCACAUCCGAGCCUUAAUCCCCAACUCUGCCUACGAGAACGACGAGAACAUACGGUAUGAAGUGGUUCAAACUUCGAAAGUCGGUCGAUUGUUAGUCGAGAGCCGUGACCUCAACGUUCUCAACCCAUCGUUCACUCAGAAUCAGCUACGGUCAGGCAGAGUGGUGUUCACGGCCAGUACGGGUACUGCGACCAACUCCAAGACCUACCCCACCCAAACCUCCAUCACCUUGACCGCCUGCAAAGCCAGCUGUAGCAGUCCAGCCACCAUCUACAUCAACAUCGAGGCCGACAACAUACAGAAACCGGACCUGCUACGCAACGAACCACUGCAAACCACGGAUUCCGAAGCCGUGAUCACAUCCAGACAUCUCCAUGCAGCAGACUCUGACACUCAGCCAGACCAACUCAAGUACCUGAUCUGGCAGCCGACUGGAGGGAUCGUAGCUUCAGUCAGAAGUCGGAAUGAAUCCUUAUCGUCCUUCACUCAGGAACAGGUCAACAACAAGGAGGUGGUGUUCGUGGUGAGUGAGCACGAGCAAGACAAGAACGGAUUCGCAUUUCUUCUGACUGACGGUCUACAUCAGAGUAAGCCAGAGUGGUUUACCGUGAGUCGGAAUACACGGUCAGAAGUGCAUCUGGAGAACAACGCUAGACUAAACGUGGCACCGGGACAGAAAGUUCUCAUCGGGCCAGAAGUACUGAAGGCUAGGAUUCUUAAUGUAAGUUACUUAUAUCUUUACAAACUAUCUCUUAAUACUAAGCAAGAAAUUCAGUUCUGAUAUUAACAUAGAUAUCCUUAUCAAAUCCCAAAAUCUAAUAACUAGAAUAUCUAAAACUAAAUAUUGCAGGUCCCAUCAGAGAAAGUGAUGUAUCAUAUCACCAGAAUCCCAUCCCUUGGUCGGCUAAUGAUAAAAGACCUGAAUCGACCGGUCGAGUACUUCACUCAAGCCGAUGUUGAUGAAGACCGCCUGUACUAUCAGUCCCAUUCGGCCGAACUAGGUCUGUGGGCCAACCGUGACUACUUCAGCUUCGUUGUGUAUCCAAAAGGGAACCUUACAGAAUCUGCCGGAAUCCCACGAGCAAAUGAAUUCAGAUUCAAGAUACUCGUAUCGUACUCAUACCUACAAGAACCAGAACUGGACUUAUUUUUAGAGAAGGACUAUGUUAACAUCACUCAGGAAAGCGAAAUGAUGCUCAGUAAACGGCAUCUGAAUCUGGAGAAGCUGGAAAGCUACUGUAACGACGUUCUUUUGAUAGAAGUGGAACGUUCUCCGCUGUUAGGAACGUUGGAGAUACUCAAGAAUCCACACCAUGAACAAGAUGAAGAAGCCGAAACGGAAGGAGAGUUUACAGCACAUCAACUACAUACCGGUAGAUAUGUCAUGUACAAACACAAUUCGAAGAUCGGAGCAGACGAGAUCGUACUCAGCGUGUACGGACAGAGAGAACGGUAUAAAAAGAUGGACAAAUUGAAGAUCAAGUUGGAUGUGAGGGUGGAGAAGAGGAUGGAGUACGUGGUUCAAGUAAGUAUCUUCAAAAAUAAUGUAAAAUAAGAUUUUUUUCACAAAAUACGUUAAGAUAUUAUAUUGUAAAAUGAAUCACAUACAUCAAUAUUACAAUAACCGUUUCAACUUCAGCUGAAGCACUUUGAAUCCCGUAUCACAAUAUUGUCUGGAGGAUCAGCAAGGUUAAAAGAAGAAGCUUAUUCAGCUCACGAUGUUAUUACUCCUCAAAAUGACCCACAAUAUACAGUAAUCCAACAGCCUUCCAAUGGAGUAAAACUCAAGAUCAACGGUUCGAAACAAUCAGAUACGUUUAGUCAGGAACAGAUCAAUAGUGGAUCAGUCAGUCUAGAGCAUUCGCCACUUUCGGCCGAUGACAAGUUUGAUGUCAUGAUGUUACAGAUUGGCACUUUUACUAAAGUCAUCGUGAUCGAGAUAGAACCACUGGCACUAGAGUUGUUUAACCAUACUGAAGUAUCGUAUGUUCAGGGAAAGACUUAUGUGGUAUUAAACAAGUAAGUAUCCAGCUUUGUAUGCAACUUUAAUAUGUAGUAAGUAUACAAAGACCACCAAAAUUCAACUCCAAUUAAAUUUUGUUAUUAACCCUUUUUAGCAAACAUCUCGGAGCAGUCUCCAACGUCCCAAGCUCCAGAAUCAUCUACAAUAUAACAGAAGCUCCAAAGAAUGGAUCCGUUUACUGGGUAGCCGGAGAAACUGCUGCUACAGUCUUCACACAGAAGAAUAUUGAUGACGGUGACAUUCUGUAUGCCCAACUAAACAUGAAUGCCUUUGGAGACUCAUUCAGAUUCACGUUGAGCAACGAUGAAGUCGAGUUAAUGACAAAAGUUUGUAGAAUCGUUGUAAAACCCGACCUAAACGUUCAGGAACUUCAAGUGACUCCAAUGAGUGUCAACCAAGUAGCUGACAUUAACUUGAAUGCAUCAACGUUAAAAGGAAAGUCGCCCAGAUAUAUUGUGGUUGAGCCACCAAGGUACGGGAACUUCUUUUUGUAUCCGAGGACCAAUCAUACGAUAACAUUCUUCACUCAAAGUAAUAUUAAUGAAGGCAGACUCUUCUACCGUACAGAUGAGAUUGAUGGACCACUGGAAGACGUCAUACUGCUAGAGUUACGGUCAGAUGACGUCCAACCAGCCAGAUUCAAUUGGUCGGUGAAAAUCACCGACUUUAUCGGCCAAUUCGACCAGUCGUCAAACUCCCCUGGCGGCAAAAUCCUCGUCAAAACUCCGAAAGUCGACAAACCUAACACAACAUCACAAGUGGACCUGAACUACCGUUUCCCUGUCAUAAUAUUACUGGCUAUAGUAAUUGGAGUAGUUGGCUUUUUACUCUGUCGAAAAGGAGGAGAACCAGAAGCCCAAAAGAGAAAGAGUAUAAUCAGUGGAGAUGCCAUCCCUAACAUUGGCAUCAGAGAACUUCCAGAGAUUGACGAGGACAAUCCCAAACUCAAAAAAGGAUCAGAAAUCUUAAAACCUGGUCCUGCAAGGCCUGGAAACGACCUUCUUGGCCAAACAGUUUAUGUAGAUCAACGAAAAACAACUCCACCCAAAUAUACCACCCGAGAUGACACUCCGACUAGAAAACUAACCACAUUUGAAGAAGAAUCCCCACCCAAAAAACCUCCUUUUGGACCAGCUUACAAAUCAACAGCGUUAUCUGCCAUAGCCAAAGCUGGGGAAGACAACUCACGACUAAAGAAAACAUCAGCAGCUAUGUUGAACGAAAACCAAUACUGGGUCUAA